GAUGAAAAGGGAACGAAAAAGUCCCAUCAGAAAAACGAAACACCUUCCAUGUCCAUUCUAGAAAGCAGUGAAAUGUAGUGUAUUUUUUGGGCUGAUAAACGGUAUAAAUCGGUUGAAAACUAUUUCGAGUAGUUAAAUGCGGUAGUGCGGAAUCGAUUAGCGAUAAAGUUUGCACCAAUUGUGACGUAUUUUCAGUGGAAAAAGUGUUGUGAAAAUUUGCAGCCCCAGCACGUACUCGUUUUUUUUUACUCUUGGCUGGUUGGCUCCGUCUGCUUGGCGAGCCAUGAAUGGCUGCUGCUGCUUGCAUCGGACUUGAACUGGUGAUUGAUGGAAAACACAGAUCGGAAUUUGAAUGCGCAUUCAAGUUACAUCAGCGACACAUAUUAUCAAUAAAGAAGCCUACCACCACACACAAACACAGCACAGCGUCUCAUAAGCAGUGACGGACUCGCACUUACGUUCCACACCAUUACCGAAGCGAGCAAAAACCGUCCCUCGCAAACGAAACCGAUAGCUCGGUGGAGAUACCUAGAAGCAAACUGCACAGCACAAGAGUAACAAGCUAAACCCCCAACUAUUAAAAGUGGUAGACGAUAAUGGGCAAGAGACAUGCUGCGGACAGCGAAAAUCAGUACGAAACACCGCAGAAGCGACAGAAGGUGGCGGCGGCCGCGAACUCGGUUUCAUUCGCAGAAACCCCCAACGGCAGUCCAGCUCUGAAUGUGAGCUUUACUCUGACCCGCGAAUUUGUCGACGGUACCAUCCUGACUGAUCUGACACUGAAAGACUGGCGCAUCGGGAAACCGAUUGGUAAAGGUAGCUUUGGUGAGAUCUUCCUAGCGUCGGACGAUGUGUUCAAGCCGGUCACCAGUCAGAAUGCAAAGUACGUCGUCAAAAUCGAACCCCACUCUAACGGGCCACUGUUUGUGGAGAUUCACGCCCUGCUCAACACGGCGAAGGCAUCGGACUCUAACGUUAUCCCACCCGGCAUGCCGGAGUACAUUGCUUCCGGUUCACACUAUUUCAAGAAUGAACGCUACCGCUUCCUGAUACUGAAGCGCUACCAGCGCGAUUUGCAUUCGCUAAUCAAGAACAAACGUGUCGAUCCGAAAAGCGUUCCCGUCAUUGCUUGUCAGAUUCUGGAUGUACUGGAACAUCUACAUGACAAGGGCUACGUCCAUUCGGAUAUAAAAGCGGAAAACUUGAUGCUGGGAAAGGUUCCCACUUCUCUUCUGGCCAAUCUGAAGAGUACGAAGCUAUUCGAGAGCGGUAAAAAACCAACAAAAAACAAGACUGCCACCAUCAAUGGAUACAAUGGACUGACCUCGACUCCGACGGUAUCGCCAAAGAAGACCAUCGGAGGAGUGGAAUUCAGCGGCUCUAAUCCGGUGCGCUCGUGCCGAGGCAGUGCAAUUGCUGAAUCUGAAACCUACCAGGAUAUGAUCAAGUCGCACUAUCUACGUCCGCUGAAAAAUAUCGUCUAUCGGGACGAUAGCGACGAAGAGGAUGUCAAGAAUCGUAAGAAGAAGCGCAAGUCGUUCUUUUAUAAGGUAACGACGAAACACGUUAGCGAAAACUUUAAACAAAUUAACGUGCAAAUCAGUCAGUGCAACGGGGUGGCAGUGAGUAAUGGGCGAACGAAGGUGGAAAAUGGGAAGGAUAAGCGGAAUAGUUCCUCGGGAGCAACCGCUGAUCCCCUGGAGGACCGUAUUCACUUGAUUGAUUUCGGGCUGGCAUCGAAAUUCAUUGAUUCCACCGGACAGCACCGACCGUUCUGUAUGGAUCAACGGCGGGCGCAUGAUGGUACGCUGGAGUUUACGUCGCGUGAUGCACACAUGGGAGCUCAUGCCAGGCGUAGUGAUUUGGAGUGUUUAGGUUACAACCUUAUUUUCUGGAGCCGCGGUUUUCUUCCGUGGAAGGACGAGAAGCUUCUUAACCAACCGGAACAGGUGCACCGUAUGAAGGAGUACUUCAUGACAGACGUGCGCGAAAUGCUGAAGCUGAUCUACGGUGCUGAUUGUCCCCAGUAUUUGGGCGAUUUUCUUCACUACGUCGGGGGUUUGACGUACGACGAGAGACCAGACUACGACUAUCUGCGAGAUCUUUUCUACCAAGAACUGUGCCGUCUCGGUUGUAGAUCUAAGUCACAUUUUAAGCUUAAGGUGGACGACGUUGUGAAGCUGAGCGAACCGUUGACCACCCAGGACGAGGCUGAAAUCACCAACAAGAUCAACCAUGUAAAAUCGUUGAUGAAGAUGGGUGUGCUACCAUAUCGGGAGAGUACGUUGCACAAUAAGACAACUUCGCCGAAGAAUUUGCGUUCGAAGCGUGAGAGUACUAGAACUCCGGCAGCUAAGACUGGAAACGGGCAGAAGAAUGGCUCGGCCAUUGUUAGCAAUGGCAAGGAGAGUUGUAAAAAGGAGAAAAAGUUUUCCUGGUCGGAAAUUCUGAGUACGGAUCCUGACCAGAUUGCACGGGAACGUGCGGAAAAAGAGUUUGAACGAGCUGAUCAAAUGGACGAAGUGGUCAUAAAAUAUACUGGUAAUCCGACGUACGCAAUUCGGGAGUUGGAAAGUAAACGAAACUAUGGGACUCCAACUGGAGGUUUGGAGUAUACCGAGAGCGAGGAUUAUAUAAAGGGGUAUACGAAACCGAUGAUGGAAAUUCUAAGAAAGCGACAGUCGCAGCUUUUGCGGGAUAUUGGCCAUUCUAAGAGUUAUAGAAAUGGAGUAAAGGAACCCCCUGAUAAUUCCGACGAUGAGGAGGGUGUCGAACAAGAAGAUGAUGCUGACGCAAACGUCAGUGAAAGUGACGAUGAACAAAUUGUGGCCGAUGAAGAAGGAGAAGAAGAAGAAGACACAGAUGACGACGCGGCUACGGAGGCAGACUCCGGCAAUGAUGAUGUGGACGGUGAGGAAGAGGAAGAAGAAGAAGUGGAGGAAGAGCCAGUUUAUAGAAGGAAAAAAUCAACUCAGGUUAAAAAGCAAAAUUCACAGAAACCGGCUCGAAAGGCAACGCACACUAAUCGCAAGGUGGAAAGUGAUAGCGAUUUUAUCAAUGACGCCGGUGAAGAUGCUACGUCGAAUGAUAGUGACGUUAUGAUAAGAAAAAAGCCUAACAAUCGUAGAAAACAUUUCCAAUCGGAGAGUAGUGAACAGCACGACAGUGACUUCAACGAUCAGGAAAGUUCAGAGUACGAUAGUCGUGAAGCGCGUAUGAAAAAGUCCCGUGGGCGACCAAGACUGAAUCGGGAUCCGCAGAUACCCGGUCAAAAACAAACCUACUCAAAAGCCAACGGCGGCGCCAAUACAAAAGUUCCUGUGAUAGCCAGAAAUAAUAAUAACAAUAACAACAAACCGUACUACGGUGACGUGGACGAUUCCUCUCACGACGCUCCGUCGCAACAACAAAGCUACCGGCUUGUGAAACGUCGCAAAUCCGGUCUGCGGGAGCGAAUACGGCCAACCGAUCGUAGUAUGAAGUAUCAUGACGCUUUGGAACAGAAAAAAUCCAAACGAAUUUCGCGCAAACGCUACUCGCACGACGAAGAUUAUUGCCAAGAGGAUGAUGCUUCCUGCAGUUCGAGCCAUACACUCGCAUCGGUUGUUUCCUCAGCCUCGAUAGCUACCAGCAUGGGUACUGACUUUUCCGAGUACCUUCAAACCGAUUGCCCGAAACGCAAAUCUUCCCGGAAGCGUAAAAUUCGCUCCUAUUCCAACAGCAGUCGCUCGGCACUGUCCUCACACUCACGUUCCUCUUCCGUUCACAAAGUGGCAGCGACAAAUGGUACCCUGCGCGGUAAUGGCAUUUACCAUCGCUUCGUCAUGGAUGAUGAUGAAUUUUUCGACGACGAUGACACCAGAGACAUGGACUACAGCCCGACCAAAUCGAAACGAGGUCGGAAGCGGAGCAGCUCGGGAAAAACGAUCAAGAAGAAAACUAGCGAAGGCAAAGGAUCGUUUUCGCUUAUUUAAAUGACCGUGUGUUGGCGUACAUACUUAUCAUUGUUGUUUAUUUUGAUGAUAAUGGUGUAGAUGCUAGUGUAUAGCUCGCGGAGGCGAUGGUUUUGAGUGGUCAUUGAGCAUGUUCCAUUUGGGAUCAUAACAUACUGCAUUUGAUAAGAUGUGUGAGCGGUUUCACGCGUUGGAUGUGAAUUUAGAGGACCAAAAGACUGAUUAAAAUUUAUUUUAGACCGCCUGGUUUUGGUGUGUGAUUACGGGUAGAAUGUUUAGCAAAUCGCGAUGCGUUAUUGUAGGAUUUGAGCACUGACAAAUGGAUCUUCCAUUAAGUUUUUCUUCUGCAUAGCAUAAACUUUAGCUUGGACAGAUACCCUAGCAGCGACGUUUGAAACAGAUCAUGUAAUACCGAUUUAGGAAGAACAAGCGAGAAUGAAUAUUAGCAAGUUUAUAACCUGUUUGCAAUACAAUAGACAACAAUAGUUUUGAUAGGGAUUUUGACUAAGUUUGACAGUACGGGGUUAUUCCCUAACGUUGAACAGUGAUCGUUAAUUGGUUUUGAAUGCAAUAUGCGCAUCUUGAAAAUGUUAAAUAUUCCAUUUAGGUGUAUGACAUUCUUGAUUCUUUUGUACUAUAACAGCGCAAGAUUUACCGGAAUUAAAACAUAUGCAUUAAAAAAGUUGAAACAUAAGACGCUAGCAUUACGAAAUUAUUACUUCUCAUUUAAUCACGAAUACAAACUGCAAAGCAUCUGGCGAAACGAUGAACGCCAACUCAAAUCUGGACCAGAGUCUGGAAGUAUGUGAAUGGGUAGCGAAACGAAUCCGAGUUACAAUCUUUUGUGCACCCAUAGGAAUUUCGCCAACUGUUAUACGACACAUUUUCAAGUGUGUUUUUUUUUCAAUGAGUACGAGACAAGUUUCUGCGAAUUUCAUUUCUUCGCUAGGACGAUCCAUCGUCCAAAUUCGAAGCUUAAGACAUCUAGUUCUCAGACUCUAAAUUGUGUUCCAGCGAGUUUUAUCAAAACGUGGAUCGGCGGGCUACCCGGCACUAGUUUACGGUAUUACCACGGGGAAGGGUUUUUUAUGUGCAUCGCACACACUCCAAUCCAACUACUUAGUAGUUAGUUGCUUCAGUAGGGUAAGCUACCCUCGAUACAAUCCCAGUUUUCGACCAUCCCCACACCGUGACAAUUUCUGUAUGGCAGUACGAGCGCUAGCUGUGGGUAGAGAAUUAAGCGACAAACUCCAGAUUGUGCCAUGCAACACUACAACUCGACUCCUUUGUUCCAUUCAGUACCACAACCCUUUGGCUUCUUAUCCGGUGCCAUUUAGCACCGCAGCUCCUUUAGCUCAUUCAUUAUGCCAUGUAGCAAAACUUCCUCGUUGAGCUUUCAAAUGGUUCGCGAAAUACUCGGUCUUCGACGGUCUAACCUACUCCGAUGAAGAAAUUCCCGACGAGAGAAGUACUUCUGAAACCGAACCAACCAGCCAGGUGCCGAGGUUCAGCUAUUCCGGUGGAGCAGGGCAUCCAGUUCGCUAGUACUCCGACGACCCCGACUGGUGGUGUUUCAUCGCGGUCUACUCAGUGUAGUCACCGGCGGUCGAUCUAGAUUAUCCUCGGCGAAAGAAGUUCUUCCGAUACAGAUUCUUCUUUGCUUUUUGCUAUGUUUCUUUCGGAUCAACCGGUAGGUUGCCGUGGUCAGUUCGGCGAUUCCGGGUAGAGCAUGGCGUCCGGUUUACUGACGUUCCUGGAUCUAACCUACUCCUGCGGAGUGUUUCCCGGCGUUAAUUGCUCUGUCGAAACUGUUGCUCGCUGUUCAUCACGCCAUAUCCUUAAUAAAGAAAAAAUCGCCAUCUCUGCUGUAAGACGGUCAUGACCUGCGUGUCGCGUCGAACCUCGAUUAUUCGAAGACCACAUGCUCCGGUGUUUCUGUGACGUCCGCAUGUCCGAACCGAUGUUGGUACUGUCUGAAACAAUUGACCAGACAAGAACUACGUCAGAUAGAAGGUUACACUUCAAAAUGACACUUAUUUACGCAGGUCGAGAGAACCAGUAUGAGUCUGUGAGUCCACCUUCCUUUUGCCGACGAGUCCCAAUCUUGCUGCUAUUUAUCCAAUGUUGGUCGUGUUCACCGGAUUCCCUUCCGCUUCUAGCAUUCGUUAUCUUCCACUAAUAUGAUGCCGAAAAGGAUCAUUCCUGCGAUAGCACAGACUAUCUCUGAUGAGACAGUCCUGUGCGUACUCGCUGCCAUGAGCCUGAACGUAUUACUCAGCUUAACCCGAUUCCGCUGUAUCCAACCGCAACCAAGAGAAGAUGCCCGAGUAUCGACGAUGAUACGCUAGCCAGAAGAUGCCUCUUACUGCUACUUGGACCGGCAUUGUUCGGCAGAAUUCUGUCGAAAAGCGUUUAUAACAUUGACAGCCUUCUCGCAAACAUAGCGGACGUGGAUGUUAAAAUUCAUUCGGUCAUCGAUCAUUACGCCUAGCUGUUUCAGCGCCCGCUUUGAGACUAUGACAUGCUCCCCGACAGUGAUUGCUGCUUGCUCCGUUUUGUGGUGGGCUAUCUGCAACUUCACUCCUUUUUGAGCAGGUAAUACUCGCCUUCAAUCGGGCCGGUAUAAUCGACAUAGACGCGCUGCCACGCAGUGGGGAGUGAGGAGGUGAUCUGGCUAAGGAUGCACACAGUUGACAAUACAAUACACGUAGCUUCGAGAGAGGGCGCUGCACGGCGCGAUGGCCACUGUUUGAGGCAUCGCUUGCGGGGCUUCGAUGGAAUGACGAGUUGUUCGGCAAACAUGAUUCAUUCAUCUACUACGGAGAAUGAUUCAUUUCUAGCUUGGAAUAGUUGGAUUUUGGACUCCGAAAGUUUGGAUUGUGGCCAACGGUACUAAACGUGAUGGUAGACUUUUCGAAGCAGUGGAGUUACUUGAGUCUGCUUGAGAGGCAAAACUUUCACCGUAUUAAAUACUACCGACCUGAGACCUUCUUCAUGGUUGAUGCUCACGAUGACGUAGUCCUCAUCGGGUUUGCUGUGCUGGUUGGUCAACUUUGAGAGCAAAUCUACGUCGUUAAACUUGUGGAUGGGUACGGUCUCGAUGUCGACAUUGGGUGCCAGCAGGUUGAACGUGAAGCGCUGAAGGUGGUUUGCGAUAUAGACCGGUGUUUUCUUUUUGGAACCGAAGAUACGGAGUAAAGGCUCGCGAUCGAUGUUCAAACGAAAGUGGCGUCCGAAAAGCAUUUUGUGACAGCGAGAACUAUGGCCAAACCUUCGCGGUCUGGCUGACUGUAGCCUCAUCGGGAACAUGUGAUUUAUCGUUGCCGUUGACUCCACAGGAAGAAACGUCGGCAGAGACAAUGAUAAGAUGGUUUUCGAGUGGAUACAGUUGCUUGCGCAUAUUGGGAACAAACUUGCCAUUAGAGUUGGUGGUCCCCAAAAAGGAUAAUAAGUGGCAGCUGCUUCAAUUUUUGCCGUAACUGAACGUAAUCCGCGACUGUCGAUAAUGUGAUCUACGUACUGCACUUGACUCGACUUGAAUGAUGAGUCCGAAUCUAUAGAUCAUUAUCAUCAUAUCAGUUACUUUCAGUUACAUUUCCCUCUCGCAGGUUGAUGGGAUUGACGGUAUUAUAAACAUCAUCAAGCCACAAUAUAUUCAAUAGAGUUAUCUAAAUAUAAGGACCUUCGCUCUUUUUAGUUUUUAUUUGCACUAAGUUCUACUACUAGAGGUUAAUUAGUUCUCAUGUUAAUAUUCCACCAAACAUUAUGACUACUGAGGAUUUGAUUUAUAUAAGAAGCCCGCUUCAAGAUGUUGAUUACAAUACGCCUCGAUAGUGGUGUGUCGGGGAGGCCGGGAGGGCUGAUAUGAGCCUUUUGUCUGUUCUAUACCUUUCCUCUAUUCACCAGCUCAUAACCAACAAUCAACCAGUAACAAAUAGAUAAUUGAGAAAGGAUGUGCUAUGUGUGGUGAUUGGCUAUUCAAGUAUUAGUAGUGUUUGAAGUACUAAUGUAUGUCUCAUGUGAUGAUCAUAACUUCAGCUGUAUCUUGUACCUACCUAAUCUAUUACGUCUCUCAUAUAUUGUCUUUUAUUUCUUCUUUUCGAGUCCUAUACUGCCAUUCUACACCCGCCUUCAGCUGGGUCAACAAAGAUGGUGAUAGUGAACGUCUUAACACUCACACAUUCUCAAACGCGGUCUCAGCGGGAACCUACAAAAAUGCCAUCGUGCACGCGAUUACGAAUCGGUCAUGUCCGAAAGUCUAUUCCUUGAUCCUAGAAGCCUAGGUCCAUGCCUUCAGCUGGACCAUUUAAGAAAAUACGCCCAUACCUAUUAGACACCACGUCUCAUGGCGACAUGACCGGGAACCCUAUCGAUAUAAACGAUCCCACUCUGCCAGAAUUCAAACCGCGCACUGAAAAUUUAAUAUCAGACUCACGGUUCGCGCAACCAUUCAAGAACAUACGUUACAAAAUCACGUCAGCGCACAAACGUUAGAGCCCCUCGCGAUUUUCCAAGCAACAUACGAACUCGCAAACAUGAUUACACCCCGGUGAUAAGGUGAAAAUCUCAGCACUCAUAAACUUACCAACACGAUCUCAAGCGUCAACCUACAAACUCCCGCGCUCGCGCCAUCAUGAAUCGGGAUCGUCCGGAAGUAUCUAUCCUCGGUACAAACAAUCUAGGUCCUUGUUAAUUAUUAAAAAAAUAAUAAAAUUGAAAAAUAACUACCAUAUCCACUAGACAAAACGUUCCAUGGCGACAUGACCGGAAACUCUAGUGAUAUGGGGUAACUCUCUCCCUGUCAGAAUGUGAUCCGUACACCGAAAACUAAAGAUCAUCCGCGAAUAUAUGAAUCGCCGCAGGGUUUCAAAAUCGAAUUUAUACAUGCGAAGUCACAUACACGCGACAAACACGUCAACAUACGAACGCUUAAGCCCUUCGCGAUCAUCUACGCACACCUAUGCCCGCGAUCGCGUAAACUUGAUAACACUGCGGCAAUUGUGUGAACGUUUUAGUACUUACGAAGUUACAAACGCGAUCUCAAACGCCAACCCGCAAAUGCGCGAUCAUGAAUCGGUCACGUCCGGAAAUCUUUAACCUUCAUUCUAGCAAUUUAGGUCUAUACAUUCAGUUGGACCAAUAAAAAAAAAAAAAUAAAGCUCAUAUCCACUAGACCACGCGUUCUACGACGACAUGAUUGGGAACUCUAAUGAUAUGGAAGAACCCACUUCCUUCUGGAAUCUGAACCGUACACAAAAAAUUAAGUAUCAGAUUCACGGUCCGCGCGCGAUUAUUCUAGAACACACGCGAAUAUGCGAAAGGCACACGGUUAUGAAAUAGAAUUUAUGCACGCGAAGUUACACGUUAGCACACGCGACAUACAAACGCACACGCGAUCGAGCACAUUAACGUACAAAUGUUCGAGCCCUUCGCGAUGAUACACGCGAUUCCCUACGCCCGCACAUGCCUGAACCGUACAAUGAAUAUCACAUUCAGAAUCACGGCCCGCUACAAUUGGCCUAUUGCAGUGUUUUAUUGGGCGACAUUGCCUGUCUCGUCUGCAAAUUGUAGUAUGUGAUUCUGACGGGGAGCCCUUCCGAGAACCUAGCUCUACAGCUCCAGUAGGACAACUCUCGAAAAAAAAAAAAAAAAAAAAAAAAAAAUCAGUUACUUUCAGUUACAUUUAUUCGUACCCAAGUACGAUGGAAGCAUCGGAACAUCAUGAGGCAAAGGCGUGUUAACAUGUCUGACCCGGCCCAGAACAGGACGGAUACCGUCCCUAUUAAGAAGCUGGUCUAGGUACUUCACUUGACCCAUAGGUCUCGAACUUGAUCGUGAAUCCAUGCUUCUUAUGUUGCUGCAGAACACGGUACAGCUUCUGUUUAUGCGACCAUCGGCUAGGAUAUCGUCGAUGUACUCAAUAUGGCAACCAAGAUUUACUGAAAAGCGUCGGGAGCGCUCUUGACACCAGAAAAAAAUCGGUUAAAACGAUAAAGCUACUAGUGGUUGUUUAUCGCAACAUGCGUACAUUCCUCGUCAAUGCCGACUUGCCGGUGGGCAUCGAACAAAUCGAUGUGGCUAUAAUUAGCGCAAUUUGCCAUCCGAUUGAAAAUGUCUUCCAGGAUUGCAAGUAUCUAGAUAUUUAAUACGAGAGCACUGUUUAAUCUGACAAAAAAAAAUCUAGGCAAAUUCGAUCGGAGCGAUUCGGCUUGUGCACCACCAUCAUGGGUGUUACCCAAACCGCAUAGGUGACAGUAGUGAUGAUUUUCCAGCCACUUCCGUUCCUCCUUGUCAAAGGCUUCCAAGUCGUAUUAAACUGGUCGCUUCGGUUGGAAUACAGGCUGAGCAUCCGACUUGAAAUACGGUUGGUAAGCACAAUGGCGAACUUGGCUUUUAAUUCGACUAUUUGCUGAUCCGUUGGCUGGCUACUAAUUAGAAGGAAAAUGGUACUUCCCAGGGCCCAAAGUCAUCCAUAAGGUCGUAGCCUAAAACAUUCAGCGAAAGGUAUAAACAUAACAGUUACCUUUGAGUUUUUCCGACGCUGCUCGGAACAUAGCUUCUAUGCACAAUCUGUCCCAUGAAGCAUUUGACAAGCUAAUAGAGAAGUCUUUGGGCCCUGACAUUGGGCCAGUUUCGUCUGAAUAUAAUGUCUGAGCCUCGUAGGAACUCCGAAGAUAGUUGUCUCCACAUCCCGAAUCAGAAUAUAUUGGCUCGAUUGGCACGUAUCAUAUAGUGCGAGCCGUAUUUCAAAUAGUUGACGGUUACAUUCUUGGUCGCGUAGUGCUUGAUUUGCUGUUUCAUCGACCGGCAACGAAGUGAAAAUAUCUGUAUACCUGUAGAAGCAGUCGGCGAAGGAACAUUCCAUCUCUAGAACGUAAGCGAAUUCAAUGGUAUUGGAUGGAUGAUAUAGAAAUACAAUAACAAACGCAAGUGGCAUGUUAAACAGACGGUUCUCUGAUGGAUGGACGUGCUAAUGUUGGUGUCUACUGUCGUGAAAUGAGAUUGGAACAAUCUCACUCGCUGGGCAGAUAUUGUACUCUAUUCCAAGCAGAAAACGUGCGGGAUACAUUCGGCCCUUAGCCAAAGUUUAUCUGGUAAAGUUAGAAACUUCUGAUCCGGUGGUCAAGCUGCAAUCAAGGCCCUUAGCUUGGACAAAUCGCGAUCCGAGCUACUGAUUGCAUGCCAAACUCAAAUUAAAGCGAACUAAGCAUUGUAAACACUAUCUACCUUGUCUAUGUGCCCGAACAUUCCGGUAUUACUGGAAAUGGCUGGCGAAUUGGCCAGGACAGGUGCAUCAGUUGAUUUCGUUGGUGCUGAGCCCGCACUACCAAUUUCUACAAGUUGGAUAAGCCCAGCAGUAGCGCAAUAGCGAUUUUAAGUUUUUGGCUGUCCUUACAUAGACGACACCCUGUUUCAACAACUUAAACUCAGAGGCAUAUUAAGGCUCAAGUUACCUCAAGGCUUGGUAGUAUGCGUAAGAAAAAUUGUGUUCAGCUUUGCCACCAGAUUAUUCAUUUAAACCUUUUCAAAACUCUAAAAGAAAAAUAUCAGUCGAUUUAUUAGAUCAUCACGAUUCAAUUCAUGCAAAAUACCUGCUGGAAAAACCAUCGGCUUAGCUGGAUGGUGCUUUUGAAAAAGUAGCUGUGAUUUUUUAUCACACUACCACACCGAGCUGGGGUACGCAACACAACUGCGCAAUGAAAAAACCACAGCCACUUUGUCAAAAGCACUAUUUAGCUAAGCCGAUGGUUUUUCCAGCAGGUAUUUUGCAUAAAUUGAAUCGUGAUGAUCUAAUAAAUCGACUGAUAUUCUUCUUUUAGAGUUUUAAAAAGGUUUAAAUGGAUAAUCCGGUGGCAAAGCUGAACACAAAUUUUUCUACGCACACUACCAAGCGUUCAAUUCUAACACAUGCUUAAAAAAGGUAACUUGAACCUUAAAGUUCCUUAUCCAAUGCGGUAAAGAGCCUUAGGCUUUCUCGCAGGCGAUUUGGAAUACUUGUAAGUUUUACUUACCUGUUUGUUUUUGUGCUGUUACUUUUCCCACCGUUCGUCCCUCCUUCUCCUCUCCAUCCGAUCAGGGAAAUGGUGAAGACACGGCAAGGCACAUGUUCAGCUGACUAUGUAUGUCUAAAUUUACAUUAGCAAGGUAAUUAUUGAUAGCUUCCACGGCUGUGAGCCGUGGAUAGCUUCCAAUUGGAUGAUAACUAGCGGUUAACAGGCGUGUGAAGAAUUUGUUCGAACUCAAACAUUAACUUCUUUAUCAUUCAAUACGAUGAUGUCAAUUGAAGAGAUGGAGUGCUCAUUCCAUUCUGAAGCAGUCUGUAACGUGAGGCGGCCGUUUGUUGAUACCUAUAGAAACACAUCACAAGAUCUUGGACGUUUUGUCCAACACGGUAGGGGAUCGCGGCAUAUUCUACAUCUGUCAACACUCUGGAGGCUGGUAUUGGCAUGCUUAGAACCAGAUUCCAUCACCAUGAGCUUUGUCUUUUCGGGACUAAAUAGUACAUUUGACAAUUCAGAGUCCCAGAUUCAUGAGUGAGAUCGCUGAUAAUUUGGUUAUGAGUUAUAUGAGCGUCUAAUUAAACAGUAAUUUUGUCAGUUGAUACAAAAACUGUUCACAUGAUUUAACUGUAGAAAGUCAUAGUCACGACACCUAGCGACUAGACGAAAAUUUCUUUCUAGUCACUAGGUGACGUGUCUCUGAGACUGAUGUUAUUACCGCUUGUUUUUUUUAAAUCUAUUGUAAUAUUCGUUGUUACCAAACUAUUUCGCAUUUGCUAUCCUCAAUUCCGUAUAUCACAACCAAAACCAACAUAUUUCUCAAAAAAACAAGACUUCAUCCAACCAGAAUCGACAACACACAUCAAAUGCAUCAAAAAAGUAACGCGACUCGCCGGUGACCGCUAAUCAUCGAACCGCAUCUGCGCCGCACACCCAACACUGCAUAGGCGGCACCCCCUUCAGCAUAUAAAAAGUCCCACAUGCCCUCUUGGUUCCUCCCGCGCCAGGCCCCGGGGGUUUUCAAAACCUGUCGAUAAUGGUUCCCGUAGCCUUAAGCACCGUGUGUGCACCGCACCGCGCCUGCUAGCGCCAGUCGCUAUUCCGUGCACACUGAUUAUACUGAUGCCCUCUACCUGUACCUGUACCUGUUCUGUGUCUUGUACCCUACAGGAACAGCGACGGAAGCGAUCGGUGGCGUACCAAAAAUCGCACUACACGGUAAGGCAGCCGGUGUCGUAGCUGGCCUUCGCGGAAGACGCGAUCAGAGCAUUCGAACCUAUAGCCGGGGAUAGUUUGGGCCGACAUACCGUAACCAAUGGGCGGUCAGUGUCUGAAUUGGGACUGCCUUGGUCCCGGGAUACGACAUCGUAGCUACAACGGCGUAAUCGAGGGAAGACCGAAAUGUACCAUUGUAAGUGUAUAAUAGGAAUUUAGUCUUAGCUAGUAGCUUCGCCGAUAUGUUGAAGAGUUGAAAUAACGGAAAAGAGAUUUGAUGAACCACUCAAACCGAACUUUUUCAAUCGGAGAAGCAAUCAAUGUAAAUAUUUGACAUUUUUUAUAACUUUCAUCUAUUAUCCUUUGUUCAGAAAAGCUUUGGUUAGUCUUGCUUAUCCAUCAAUCAUUUAUAGAACAACGAUCAUCAAAUCUCAACUUUUAACCUCCCACAAUCGAGUUAUUUCUGUUCUGUUUCCGUUUCAUGAAAAUUGAAAUUUUCUUAUUCGGUUUAAAUGUUUUGAUUGUUUUUUAAAAUGACAGAAACUUUGUAAGAUAAAGUCUAUACAUUUCAGCUGUAUUCCAAUAUUGAUAGAAGAUUAUUAAAGAACCACGUGUAUUUGUAGUACUUGUAAUCAACAUAACUGAACAUUAUCCCAACGGGGGAACUGCUAGGCAUAUAAAGCAAUUUUAACUCAAACUCUUACCAGUAAUACAAACUACUAAACAAAAAAGAACAUAUUCAACAAAGAGAAUACAGAGCAUUUGCCAGCCUGUCUCGUAAAACUAUUCAAGUUGAUACAUUGGAAUGUAUAAUAAUGAUUGAAUAAUAUUUAGCUGAAGACCUUUUUAUUGGAAAGUUUUUUGUGGAAUAGUUAGGUAAGCCAGUAACCUCAGGCAACAACAAUUUCCACUAUUCACGGCACGAGCGCUCCUGUUCAAAAAAUAAAAAUAAAAUAAAUGAUAAAUUGUUUGUUUUCUUUUGUUUUUCACUGUCCAUUAAAAAAUGUUCCAUUUUUUUAUAUUUCCUCAUUCGGAAAAGUGAAAAAUGAGAAUAGAAAAUGUAAAUAUAAUUAGAAUAACUAGGAAGAUGUAGCAUUCCGAAAAAUGGUCUUUAGCUAAAUGUUAUAAAAUCCUCAACUACUGUAGUUAGCGUUUUGGCCAUUUUAAAACAAACAAAAUUAAUCACUGACCAGAAAAGCAUAAAUGAGAAUCUCCACUACAAUGUUCUGUUACACGGAGUUCCCAUCAAAGCUCGCGAUGUAGUAAACUUAUAACAACAAAUAGAUGCGAACUUUUGUGAAAAGUUUGCCAAGCAUAGCCAAUUUUGUACAGGAAAAAAAACAGCAUCAACCAGUAAAAAACCGUGUUAUCCUUUCAUAGGAACCAAUAUGCAUAACAUCCAUUCGUUGAAUUGUAGAUGGGAAAUACAAGACUUUACUAUCAUGGCGGUACAGUAAGCUAUGUUGCACAAGAAACAACUUGUUUGUGUUUAUUUUUAAUUUAUCAUAAUUAUCCCUCUCUCUCUAAAAUGACAGAGAUAAUUUGUCCUCCCCUCACAAACCCAGAAAAUUUGGCUGACGUCGAUUGUCAUAGGUUGAAUAAUAAACAAUAGCGUUUGGGGAAGAAUGUGAAACUGUUGAAAUUAUAUAUGAGUGAAAACAACAUCCUAAAUAAAUGUAUUUAAAAUGUGUAACUAAAUAAAUAAAACAAAAUGCAUUAUACAAUAAUUAAAAAUAUGCAAAAAAAAAAUAAAUUUAUCGGCCGAAAACUAAUUGAAGGAAACCUAUAAUGAAAACAUUUAUUCUGCAGCGCCUGUAUUAUAGCUAAGCCAGUAGGAAAGAAUUAUCGAUCAAACACUAUUAUCAAGCUAAAAUGUGGUGAAACUGAAACAAAUAAAUCAGAAUUAUAAUAAA